AUAAUAUUUAUAUAGAUAACUCUUUUUCGAAUGUUGAAUGACAAAACCAUUCUACAAGCAUGGCGAACCGGAUGUGGAUUUUUCUCCUCUUGGUGCUCCCCUUUGUUAAAGGAGCAUUGGACAGCAAGGGAAAGCAAUUCAUAGUUACUUUCAUGGACAAUCAGAUUUUACAGAAUACAGACAUCAAUCCUGAAAUCUUUAUUACGACAUCAAGCACCAAACCAGUACACGUCAACGUGACGUCACCGGGAUCAACCAAUCCACGAAUCAGCGAACAGUUUGUCGUCUCUCGUGGAAUUGUUCACCGAGUGGUUGUAGAUCAGGCCUUCCGAUUGAACCAAACCGAACUAAGCACAAAAGGGAUUUUGAUUUCGGCGGAUGAGGAAGUCGUGGCAUACGGAGUAAACCGCGAAGUCUGGUCGGACGAUGCCUACUUGGCACUGCCUACUGAUGUCCUGGGAAAAGAAUACUACACCAUCUCCUACUCCCCGUCCUAUUACUACUGUGAGUUUGCAGUGAUCGGAGUCCAUGACCACAGUCAUGUUUAUAUCCAGUUGGCUAACCAUCCCAACGUCAGUGUUACUUUCCGUAACCACGUCUAUCAUGGGGGCGACUGGAUUAACACAACACUAAAUCGCUAUAGCACCCUCCAGAUCACUUCUGUUGGUGACCUCACAGGUUCUCACGUCAUAUCAGACAAAGCUGUGGGCGUCAUCAGUGGUAACAAGAAAGCUGUUGUGGCUCUUCCUGGUACCAUCGCUAACUCACGUGACCAUUUGACGGAAAUGUUGCUUCCAGUACAAGCUUGGGGUAAAAACUUCGCUACAGUGCCUAUCCCGGAGAGAAAUGUGGGUGAUAUUUUCAGAUUUGUCGCCAGCCAAGACCAAACGCAUAUAAGAGUAACAGGAGUCAUAAAUGGUACAAACUUUACGGACCAUUUUAACAUACGUCAUGCUGGGGGGUUCAGACAGAAGAAUUAUAGCUCGGCACUAUACGCCCAUGUAGUGUCUAAUAAUCCAAUUGCUUUGUAUCAGUUUUCGGCAACACAGGAUAAAGGUCACAAUCAUGUAGAUGCUGCAGAUCCCAGCAUGAUUACAAUUCCUCCCAUUGAACAAUAUGCUGCAGAUUAUACUUUUGCCACUCCCCAAUACUCCAAAGGCGAAUAUCAGAACUAUUUCAUGUUUGUGAUAGACUCCAGUCAGACUGCAGGUCUGAUUCUAGACGGGAAACCCCUGCCACAAAAUCAAACGUACGUUCACAUUCCCGGCACCAAUCUAGCGGCGGGAUACGUGAAAAUAUCCGUUGGCACCCAUACCGUCACGCACAACAACCCGAACACGGUUAUUGGUGGGCUCGUGUUCGGAAAAGCCAAAAUCGAGUCCUAUGGAUUUCCAAUCGGCCUGCUUACACAACCUGUUAAUUCUGGAUGCAACGCGAAGGCGAUGUCUCCGGGCGAUGAAAUCGAUAACGAUUGUGACGGCGAGGUAGAUGAAGAGGACUGCAAUGGAAAAGACGAUGAUGCCGAUGGAAGGAUAGACGAAGAUUGCAGUGGAGCGCCACUGAUUGUUAUUGGAAGGAAGUGAAGUUUUUAUAUCAAUAAAACAAAUAC